AUGGCAACCUACCUCGUCACCGGCGCCACCGGCCACCAGGGCGGCGCCGUCGUCACCUCCCUCCUCGCCUCCGGCGCCAAAGUCCACGCCGUAGUCCGUGAUCCCACCUCCCCCGCCUCCCUCGCCCUGCAACAAAAAGGCGUCACACUAUUCCAAGGAAACUUCGAAUCCCCCGACCCAAGCUUCAAGCUCGCCGCCGCCAGCUGCACCGGCAUAUUCCUGAACCCCUCCUUCUUCGACCCCUCCGUCGCGCAAGGCCAAGCAAGCGCCAUCCUCGCCGCGUGCCGCGCCGGUGCAGGUCCAGGCUUGAUGACCACAGUGGUGCUCUCAUCGACGACACGCGUUCAACAGUGGUCUGACUCGAACUUCCGCGACACGGUCACUGGCAUCGAUCCGAUGCUGGGGUACUACUACGGCGCGAAGGCGGGCGUGGAAGCAGCGGUCCGCGAAGCUGAGGGAUUCAAGCACUACACGAUCUUGAGGCCGGGGGUGUUGCAUUACGAUUACAUGAUGCCUGUGUCGGCAUUUGCGGUGCCGGAUCUCCCGCGCAGAGCAGAGAUUUGGCAUAGUUUGGAGGACGGCGCCGUGAUGCCACACACGGAUGAGAAUGAUGUCGGCAAGUAUGCGGCGGCGGCCCUGCUGGAGGCAGACCGCUUCAGUGGCGAGGAGUUUGCGCUUGCCAGUGAGAAUCUCAGCGCCGAGGAUGUGGCGAGCAUCAUGGGGCGGGUCAGUGGGGUGGAGGUCAAGGUGCACAAGAGAACAAAGGAGGAGGUGCAGCAGACGAUGAAGAGUGGGACGCCGACGCAGAAGUUUGAGUUGUUGCAGGGCAAGCUGCCCGCCCGGGUGGACACGGAGGCGGUGCAGAAGAAGUACGGUAUCAAGUUGGCGACGCUGGAGGAGUAUUUGACGAGGAACAAGGAGGCCUUGUUGGAGAGUCUGCCGCCGAAGACCGAGGGGAAGUUCUGA